UUUGAGGGAAUUCUUGCAAAAUUUUUACUAAUAGAGAAUUGAGAUAUUGGAAAUUUAAAAUGUGCGCUGGCAAAUGUUACAGCCAAAGUAGAACAAGAAAAUGAAGGGAACUCUAUACAUUAUUUAUUUUUAAUAUUUUUUUCUUAUAAACCAAACCCAUCAAUGUCAAGUAGAUAAGAAGUGAUGAGAUAUACAGCCUUAGAUUACCUCACUAUUCAGUGUUCACCAAUUGAAAGCUAUGCCUUGGUUCUCUCUUGAGUUCAGUGAAAACAAAUAAAAACUUCUUCUAGAGACUUCAGAAGGUAUCAAAGCACCAAGAUUUCAUCAACUCAGAUCUCAAUGGCAUACUUUUACAACUCAAAUUAUCCUGAAAAUUAUGAUAAUUAUCAGAAUUAUCAGUACAACUACAAUCAUGAGCCAAGGUAUGUCCAAUCUUAUGAUACAGAAUUUUAUGGAAAUGCAUAUCAGUAUGCUCAAACUCCAUCUUUAGUUGGUUAUUAUUACUCUAGUUAUAAUCAAUCUGAACCUCUUACUUCCAAAAAUGCAAAUUUUAUUGAAAAUGGUGAUUAUUAUGAUCCUCUUUCAACACAGUAUGUUGUUUCUUAUAAUUCUAACACUGCUGAAGAAGCAAAUGAUGUUGUUUUUGAAGAAUAUAAUCCAAAACCAUUUCAAGGUGGUUAUGAUAUUCAUGAGAAAUAUGGGAAACCUUUACCACCUUCUGAAGAAAUCUGUUACCCACCUUCUAAAAUUGACUCAAAUCUCCCAUCUUUAGUUCCAAAUUUCUCUUCUGCUCCUCCUCCUUAUCUUAAAGAGGACAAAAAGGAUGUCAUUAGUGAACCAGUACCAAAAGAAAAUCCUCCUACAUUGGUGAUCCCAGUAGAAAAUCCCCCGGAUUUCGAGGAAGACGAAGACGAAGAUGAGGAUGAGGAUGAGGAUGAAUAUGAUGAAGAUGAGGAUGAAUAUGAUGAAGAUGAAGAUGAUUUGGGUGAUGAAGUGAAAAAUGAGGAGGAUAUUGGUAAGGAAACAUCUAAGAAUGACCCAAUUGUAUUAAUGGAUGGUGGAGCUCAUGCAAAAGGGGAUCAACAUCUUGACAUGGAAGCUAAGCCAAAGAAUGGGAAUGUUGUCAAUGAGAUGAUCCAAGAAGAAAAGGUCUCGGAUUUCGAGGACGAGGAUGAGGAUGAGGAUGAAGAGGAAAAAGAAGUUGAAGGGGAAAUGGUUGAUGUGGGGAAAAAGGUGGAGGAUGAUGGGAAUCAAAUAAGGCGGCAAAUUCCACCAGGUUAUGGAUUAGAAGCUAUUGAUCUUUGUGAUGGAGUGUUAGGUGGGUACUUCCCCUGUUUGUGGAAAAGGAAUCAAAGGGUAUAUAAUCAUCAAAGGGAUAGUAAUGAUAACAUGAAUGAUUAUGAUUAUUGUUGGAAAGAAAGUGCUGAUUAUCUUUUUGGGAACCCGAAUCCUUACGGCGGAUCGAUGCCGGAGAAAGGAAGUUAUGGAGAUCCUGUUUAUAAUUAUCAGAGGUAUUAUCCUCAGCAACCUAUUACAGAGCAAGUUGAGUAUUAUGGAGAGAAUUCUUCAAUGCUGCAGAGUUCAAGGUAUUAUUAUGGUUAUAAUGGUGAAUACCGGUGAAUCACGGAAACCUUUGGUAUAUGAGGUUAUUGGUACUAAAACGUUUUCGUUCAUCAAAGUUCAAACUACAACUGUUGAUGGCUAAUGGAGUAAGAUAAUUGAUGUAUACUAAGGUAAUAAUUGAACUAAUAAUUGAACAAAAUGUUACAAUGUCUACUUUUAAGUUCAAAUCUUUUUUUGGUUUGUUUGAACCGUUUCUGAUGAAUAUUAUUGUAGUAUAUAAUUGUAGCAUGAAGUAUAAUGUUAUGAAAUAAUGGGUUUGUUGAACCCUUUCUGAUGAAUAUUGAAUACUACACAUAAAUGUAGCACAACUGCACAAGGAAUAUAUGAAAUUAAAGAGUGAUGUUUAUUAGUAA